AUGGAGAGGCUGACACCAACCACUAGGAAAAUUGAAUCCGAUGAGUUCAAGUGAGAAACUUACGGAAUUUCCUGUCGCAAGUUUCGAGUUCAGAUCUCUUUUUACCCCGCAGUUGCGCAAACUUUCGGAUUUGUUCGAGAAGAAUCAGUAUGAAAUAAGGUCACAAUCAAAAUCAAAAUAAACACGAGCCUUUUCUUUCAGAAUAGCCGGUGGCGCCGUCCGCGACUUGCUGAUGGGAAUCCAGCCGGCCGACGUCGACUUUGCCAGUACAGCCACUCCGACGCAGAUGAAGGUCCAACUCGUCUCAUUCAGAAGUUGAAUGAAGCUUCAGGAAAUGUUCGAGCGGGAGCAGAUUCGGAUGUUGCACAAGCGCGGCGAGGAGCACGGCACGAUCACGUGUCGAAUCGACGACGCAGAGAAUUUCGAAGUGACGACUUUGAGGGUGGACGUCGUCUGCGACGGAAGACGUGCCGAGGUCGAGUACACGACCGACUGGCAGCUCGACGCCAAUCGAAGGGAUCUCACCAUCAACUCUCUUUUUCUCGGUAGAGGCUUUUCCUGCUACAAGAGAGCAUUUUUUUCUUCUUUUUUUAAGUAUAGUUUCAAAGAAUUUUAAAAAGCCUAGAAGCCGAAAUUUCAGAAUUGUUAGAGUACCGAAGUUCAACUUUCUUAUCAGAUUUUAUUAAAACCAAAGUUUUGUCUAGCGUUUGCGCGUUUUUCUAAAAUUUUUUCGAAACAGCUUACUGAUCUGGAACUUUGAAACCGCUUUUGGUUUUUUUUUUCAUUGUGAAAUUCCUCUCAGGCCUGGACGGAACUGUGUAUGAUUAUUUCGGUGGAAUAGCGGACGUUGAGGCGAGAAGAGUGGGCUUUGUAGGAGACGCCGUGCAGAGAAUUCAGGAAGAUUACUUGAGGAUCCUGAGGUCAGAGGACCUCUUCUCCUCUCUGAACGACUACUUUCUCAGAUAUUUUCGCUUCUUCGGCCGAAUUUCCAACUGUAACGACCACGACCCAGAGACGAUCCGCGCCAUCAUCAACAACAAGGAUGGAAUAAAGGUUAAAAAAGCUCAAAUUCCCUAAUUUUUAUUUCAAAUUUUCUUUUUCCUCAGGGGAUCAGCGCUGAACGAAUAUGGACAGAGCUGAAGAAAAUAGUGGUUGGUCGUAUGGCGCCGGAGGUUUGAUUUUUCAAUGUUCAAUCAAUCUUCAUCUUUUCUUUUGCUCUAGAGUACCUUUUCAGGUGGUCCGCUGUAUGUUGCUGGAUUGUGGCCUGAACGAACAUCUUGGACUGCCGUCGGAAUGCAAUCUGGAUCGAUUCAAAAAGGUUCUCAUAGUAGAUCCUGCGGUUGAAAAUCGCUUUUGAAGGUUUACGAGAGGUUCAGUGGGAAACUCGAGCCGAUGACCAUGGUUGCCUGUCUUUGCGAAGCUCCCGAGCAAAUCGACACCUUUCAUUCCAAAACCAAGGUUAGUUCUUUUUCCUUGACGGUAGAAUGGAAAAUCAAAAGUUGUUGUAGAAAAUUUAGGUAUCGAAGUAUAUUGUGCGAAAUCUUCACAAAGUGAAAAAUGAGCUGAUCAUUUGAAUUCUUGCGCGUAUUUUCUUCAACUUUUUUCCAUGUUCGUUUUACUGAAAAUUCGAAGCACUGUCGAGAGUAUAUGAAAGUGAACGCUGAAAUAAUUCAUCUUUCACUCAUAUACUGGCGAAUCUCCGCGGGAAAAACAAGGACAGUCCGCGGGUGAAGAUGUCGAACGCCCGUGUUCUCACCGAUUCUUUCCUCUUUCCGACAUCCUACCGAUUUCUUCGGAACGGCUUCAACAGAGAAGAAAGACAUAAUAACUUAACGAUGUUUUACAGUGAACGAUACAGUAAAUGUUUUGAAAUGAAAUUAUUGAAAACUUUUCAGCUUUCCAAUGAUGAACGCUUGUUGGGGCAGUUUGUGAUAAACGAGCGACGGAGGGCCGAAGAAGAACUCCAGAACAACCAGUGGUGGCUGGAGAAGAUCGUCGACCUCGAAGUGAAGCCCGGACAUGGUACCUGCUGACCUCUCCCAGUAAUGACUUCAAAUGAUCAGAACCGACGGAUCGUCUUCGAAGUCGCGUGGUUCAACUGGCAAGAAGCGUUCUGGCCGAUGAAGACCUCGUCGCUCAAAUCGAGAAUUUCACAACUCCGGCUUUUCCUGUUAACGGUUUGACUUUGUCUGUCUUUAGGGUAUGAAUUGAGGUGAAGAAAAAAGUUGAAGGUUCCAAGCAUAAAAAGGGAUGAAGUUUAGGUUUAUUAUAAUUUUCAAAGUUGCUCCAAGUUUUUAGGAAGAAUUUUUUACCUUUUGAAUAGUUUUUCUCAUUCACACCAUAGAAAAAGAUGAAAAAAUCAACUUUAGGAGGUCUUGAAACUCUGGUGAAUCACACAUACACACACCAAUCCGAAUAUUUAGUUUUAUAGGAAGAAAAUGGGUGACUAUAUUUUCGAAAAUCGUCCUAUGAAAUGUAGGAUACUUUUCAGCUUUAUUGAAAUCUGCUUGUUUCAGGUAGAGACCUGAUGGAGGCAAACGUGAAGAAAGGACCUCACGUCCGUCUUGUUCUGCUUUAUCUUUACGAUAUGUGGAAAAAGGUGGAAAGAUAUUUCCGAGACGAAGAAUCGAUUAUAGUGCUUUUAGAGCGGGUUCACUUCAACCAAAGACGAGCUCAUUUCCCAUGCUCACGACUCUGAAAUUUCGCAAGAGUUGAAUAAGAAAGCGAGGUCACCACAGCGGAAGCGGUGA